UUCUUGAAACGAUUCCUGUAGCUACAAUGUCAAGUUUUAAUUUUAGCAACCAUUAAUAUUGGAAACACCUUAUCAAAUUGCAUCCCCGAAGUAUCAACACCUUCAUGUUCCACUUCACAACCAGAAUUUCGAACAGUUGAUGGAACUUGCAACAACCUUUUAAAGAGAACACAAGGAGCUGCAAAUACACCAUUAUCAAGACUACUAAGUGCCGACUACGUUGAUAAUCUUGACACUCCACGUGGCUUUCCUGGAACAACUCCAACCGUUCCUACAGCUAUUCAAGUCUCCAACGCCAUCUUUACUGUCCAACGUCGUAACCGGCAAAGAGCCAGAGGACUCUCUGCUAUGUUUAUGGCAUUUGGACAGUUUCUGGAUCAUGAUAUUGGAUACACAACACAUCCAACUUGUGAUGUUUCAGCGGGAUGUGGCUCCGAUACUGCAUUUACAUAUCCAUGUUUUCCAAUCCGAUUUCGACCAAAUGGAGCGAGAUGUUUAUCGCUUGCAAGAUCAUUUCCAGUAUGUCAACGAUCCCGUAGAAGAACUACACGACAGCAGAUAAACAUAAUCUCUUCUUAUAUCGAUUUAUCUCAAGUUUACAGCAAUAAUUUGGCUGUUCACAAUCAGCUGAGGAGAUUGGAUGAUGGAACUGGGUUACUGAGAGUGACAAGUGAUGAUUUGAUGCCCAUAAGACUGCCAGCAUCUGACCCGGAUUGUAUUAAUCCAGGAGGUUGUUCGUUAGUUGGUGAUGACCGUGGAGAUGAGAAUAUUGUCCUUCACACGUUGCAUACAGUGUUUGUUAGAAAUCAUAACUACAUUGUUAAACAACUGACGAAACUUAGAAAACAAUGGAGUGAAACAUUGCUUUUUGAAACUGCUCGAAAGAUAAAUAUUGCCAUCUGUCAACGUAUUGUGUACAAUGAAUUCUUGCCAAGUCUUGUUGAUCUGAGUCCAUACGUAGGAUACAAACCAUUUGUUGAUGCAAGCAUUAUCAACGUCUUCUCAACAGCAGCAUUCAGAUUUGGUCACAGCUUGGUACCAAACGCAUGGGCUCAACUCAACAGCAACUUUGACAAGGCUUUUGACGAUAUUUCUCUUCAAGCAUCAUUUGAAAAUACUGUUCCUAUCCGUCAACGUGGUAUCGAAUCAACAGCAUUUGGUUUACUGGCUAACCAGUCACAGAGAGUGGACACAAGUUUUGCUUUUGGUCUCGUCAGGAGAUUAUUCGUUCCUCUUGGAGAAAAUAGACGUGCAGAUUUGACAGCUUUGAACAUACAAAGAGGACGUGAUCAUGGAAUACAAACAUAUGGAGCUUGGAGAAAAGUAUGUAAUUUACCUGCUGUUAACACAUUUGCCGAUUUGGGUGGUGUCAUGCCGAAGGGAAUUGCUGAUAAAUUCGCGGAAGUGUACAAUAACCCUAAUGAUAUCGACAUAUUUGCAGCUGGUAUUGCAGAAACACGUACAAAUGGAAAAAUGCUCGGCCCAACUUUUCAGUGCAUUCAAAAGAUCCAAUUUGAGCGUUUCAGAGAUGGUGAUCGAUUUUGGUACGAAAGGCCUGGAGUAUUUACAAUUAAUCAAAGAAGAGAAAUAAACAGGAUGACAUUAUCAAAAGUUUUAUGCAAUACGUUAAAAAACAUUGUUUCGAUUCAACCGAGAGCUAUGCGAGCUGUUACAUCCACUACUGUACGAAGAGAAUGCAGUGGUUUGAGAGAUAUUGACUUCCGUGCCUGGUUAUGGCUUUACCUAACAAUCGUAGAUGGUAGACCUAUUUACAUUUCUAUUUUUGUUUCGCGAAAUACGAAUGCGGAAGUAAGAAUGACAUAA